AUGAUUAUGAAUUCAAUUCUAUAAUAAUCUUCACUGUACAAAGUGUUUCACUCUUCAGGAAAAAAACUAUGGUUUCUUCAACCAUGGCAAAGCAUCAAUCUCCUGAAUCCUUCAUUUUAUUCAUGAUACUUGCAUUUUCAAUAUCUUCUGCUUCUGCUGCAGCAGCUGCUUCCAAAGAAGCUACCACUCUUCUUGAAUGGAAAGCCACCCUUCGUACCCAAAACAUUUCAGUGUUAAGUACAUGGACUCUUUCAUCCAAUGAAACUUCUCCAUGCUCCACCUGGUAUGGAGUUUUCUGCAACAGCUUUGGUAGUGUUACUCGCUUAAAUCUCUCGAUUUCCGAUGUGGUUGGAACACUCUACAGCUUCCCCUUCUCCUCUCUUCCGAGCCUCACACACAUUGAUUUUGCAGUUAAUCAGUUUUAUGGUAACAUUCCACGACGUAUUGGUGAACUUACCAAGCUAGUUUACCUUGAUUUGUCUGUCAAUCAAUUUUCCGGGAAAAUUCCUCAGGAAAUUGGGAAGCUGAGAAAUCUUGAAGUUCUCCACAUAUUUGUGAAUCUGUUGAAUGGCUCAAUUCCUCAGGAAAUAGGAAACUUAAGCUCUCUUGUUGAACUUGCUUUGUAUACUAAUUAUCUUGAAGGUCCCAUUCCUGGUUCUUUCGGAAGGUUAAGCAACUUGGCUUAUCUUUCUCUCUAUGAAAACCAGCUGUCAGAUUCCAUCCCUGGUGAAUUGAGUUCUCUUCUCAAUCUUGUCGUGGUUUUCUUGGACACGAAUCAACUGAGUGGUCCAAUUCCAGCCUUCUUCGGAAACUUCACAAACUUAGAAUAUUUACAUCUCUUUAACAAUUCUCUCUCUGGUUCUAUUCCUUCAGAAUUAGGCAACUUGCAGCUCCUCGAGAGUCUAAGCCUUCACUCAAAUCAUCUUACUGGCUCAAUCCCCGCGUCAUUAGGUGAUCUUCACUCGCUAAGCCUAUUGCAUCUCCACCAGAACAGACUUUCUGGAAGCAUACCCAGAGAAAUCAGUAGGAUCACUCAUCUACAAGCGCUUGACCUUUCUAGCAACAGUCUGACAGGUGGUCUUGAGCAACUAUCGUGGAAUUAUAUGUCGUUUAUUUUUCUUGAACACAAUAUGCUCAACGGAUUGUUGCCUAGCUUCAUCUGCAAUUCAAGCGAACUUGUCAUCCUCAACUUGUCUUAUAACAACUUUAGUGGUGAACUGCCCGUUUGUUCAAACGACUUGUCUUACAAUCUCUCAGUUUUUGAUAUGCGGAUGAAUAACAUUGAGGGAAACCUUCCAGCAACCUUAUCAAAUUUCCGUAAGCUGAGAAGUUUAUGUUUGCAGGGAAAUAAACUCGAAGGAAAAAUUCCUCAUUCUUUUGCUCAAUUUGAGUACUUAGAAACUCUUGAUCUCGGAGAAAAUCAAAUAAAUGAUACAUUCCCGCAGUGUUUGGAAGCCCUUCCGAAUCUCCAAGUGCUUGUUCUGAAAUCCAAUAGAUUUCACGGUGUGAUUAACCAAAGCUCUGAAACAGAACGCCCUUUCCCUAGCCUGAGAAUAAUUGAUCUCUCGUACAACGAGUUUUCAGGUCCACUACCAUCAAUAUAUUUCAAGAACUUCAAAGCUAUGAUGAAUGGCGGAGUAGAUAUGAUAGACCCUAGUUAUAUGGGGAGCUCAUAUUACUUUGAUUCCACGACUCUGAUAAUAAAAGGAGUCGAAUAUAUUCUGGUCAGAAUUCUAACUGUUCUCACAGCCAUUGAUCUAUCUCGGAACAGCUUUGAGAAAGAGAUGCCUGAAUAUAUUGGGAAUCUUCAGUCCCUCCGAUAUCUAAAUAUAUCUCACAAUCUUCUCACAGGAAGCAUACCUUCAGUGAUCGGAAAUUUGUCAGUGUUGGAGUCUCUAGACCUGUCAUUCAACCAACUCGAAGGAAAAAUUCCUCAACAGCUCACUGGUGUGUAUACGCUGGCACGUCUAAAUUUGUCUCACAAUGAACUUAGCGGUCAUAUUCCACAAGGUGCUCAAUUCGAUACAUUUGAUAAUGAUAGCUAUGUUGGUAAUUCGGGGUUGUGUGGGCAUCCACUGGAUAAAAAGUGUGAGCAUGAUAUUGGAGAACAAGAAGAAGAAGAUGAGGGGGAGGACGAUGAUAAUGAUUUCUUUUUUAGCGGUUUUACUUGGGAAGCUGUGGUGAUCGGAUACGCCUGUGGAGUUGUGCCAGCAUUUAUCGUCGGAUACUGGAUGUUGCUGACAGGAAAGCCAAACUGGUUGCUGAGUUAUAUUGCCAGAAUUCAGGCUCACGCGAUGAAUCAAAAUCUACUAACUUGACCUUCUCAUCAAAUUUAUUCGUUAAAUGAUGAUUGCAAGAUGGUUAGCUAGCUUAGUUGAGGUAUUUGUUUGCUCUGGAAUGGCCUGCAAUGGUCUGGUUUCUCAUUAACAGACCGUAUGACUCUCAUGCUACUUCCUUCAUUCGCAAAGGCAGCUCACUUGUGGGUAAGGUAAGAUCGCGGUCCCAAUAUCUUAGUAGUCCAGGAAUAGUAGAAUAUUCACAAUACUAAGUGUGAUAUUGAAAAAAUGUAUGUUAGCUUUAAAAUUUGUAUAUUGUGCUGCUGAUGCCAGGCAUAAAAUUUUGCAGCAUUCUGUA